UCCAUUUUUCAUUUUUGUUCUAAUUUAUUUUAUUAUUGGUUUCAGAAUGCGGAAUAUUCAUUCCACGAGGUAACACGCUGGUCGUGAACGGAUUCGAUGCAGAAUUUGGAGUAUUUCCGUUGGUAUUUACAGAAGGAAAAAAAAGGAGUACGAGGAAAUUUGUGGAGGCUCUCUCAUAUAAGCAACAAUUUAGUCGUAUCAGAUAAAGGAAAGCAAAUAUUGCUACCUUUAGCCGCCACUGUUUCUGCAACGGUUUACAACAAAGUGGAAGACAAAUCGAAGUAUACGAUUGCUGUGGACAAACGUUAUCGCGAUUGGAACGCGAGAAUUACGUGGAAAAAUCGAUGCUGGCCAAUAUCUCGUUGCCGAUAUAUAGAAGCGAAUUCUCCUUUUCCAAGACACUGCCCUUCUCCUUUAGAAUUAACCGCCCUUUUUGGUGUCGUUCGAUCUUCAUGGAUAACUCUUGUUCGGUAAGAAAAUAUUGGAAAGGUG